GCAAACUCUAAGCUAACGUUACAAAAUGUCUCUUUUUCGCUUCUAAAGCAUGAAAAGAAAAGUGAUCCUCAUCUGUGGUGUCCUGUUUCUCUUGGCCGGGUGUCUGACUCUUUAUGCGCUGUGGAGAUCCAAAGAGGAGAUGUCUGAUCGCACUUUGGACUAUUUCUGGAGCCUUGGUUUGAUCAAAAGAGAAGAUGCAGCGGACAUCACCUGGGCCCACGCGGUGAACAGUAGAAGCAAACUGACGGAGGCUUUGAAAGAUUCGCCCCUGAUGCUUGAGGCUGACGUUCUAAUGCGAGCUCUAGAACCUAAAGAGCCAAUCAUGGCCCACCCCCCACAGACAGACAGUGACAUCACUCUGGAGGCGUGGCUUCAGGAGCUCAAAACUAACCACAAGGGGAUCAAACUGGACUUUAAGAGUCUGGAAGCCGUGGCCCCCUCUGUGCAGUUGCUGGAGCAGAUCCUGGGCCACUCAUCUCGUCCCGUGUGGGUGAAUGCAGACAUACUGCCUGGUCCAGGGGGUGUGGCCUCCCCUUUAGAUCCCCAGAGGUUCUUGUCCGCUGUGGGGACUCUGCCUGAGGACACUGUGCUGUCUCUGGGAUGGACCACCGGCUGGACCCCCGGAGCAGACAACCCAGGUUACAGUUGGGAGAUGGUGCGUGAGAUGGAGCAGAUUUGUAGAGGAGUGAAUAAUCCGGUGACAUUCCCGGUUCGAGCGGCUCUGAUGGGUCAGUCUGUGCCUCAGCUGCUCUGGCUCCUGCAGCAGUCGCACAGGUACAGUCUGACCGUGUGGACGGGGCAGAGCGACUCCUUUAAAAUGGAGGAUCUUGUUGAGUUCAGGAAACAGCUGGAUCCUCACCGAGUUUACUACGACCUGCCGGACGACCAGAGGAGCACACUGGCUCUAACCGACCCUUAAAGAGGACUAAAUAUAUGACUGAUCAGGACUUUUACUCAGGUUUACAAAAGACUGACACACAGGUGCUCUGAACUAUCAUGCAAUCGUGCAUCGGCUACUACUGCCUGGAUUCAGUUUGAAAGAUCAUUUUGGAAGCAAUUACAUGUAGCAUUGUCAAAUCCAAUAUGCUUCAGACACUGAAUCAAAAGCAUUAUUUAAAUCAAUAAACAGUGCUACAGAAUCAUCAAGGGCUAAGAAAAUGUCAUUGAAGACCUGUGGUUGCAGUGACCGUACUAUGCCCUUUUCUGAA